AUCGCGGCCAUCAUAGGCUCAGUUCAGUGAGUUUGGUCAGUCGGGUUCAGUUCGGUUUCUAGUCGGUUCCAGUUGAGUCGGUGAUGUUAACGUUGGUGUUCAUUACGCAUUCUAGGAAAAAUCAACGCGUAAAGGGCGUGUAAAAUGCACGAGUGCUGGAGUUCUCGGACUCUUGGCUCGGUCACGGCCUCGGCCUCGAUGACGCUGCCGGGAGCGAUGAGCGCGUGGAACGCGAGUAGCAGCGUGCGGAUACAAUAGAGAGUGGCUUAGUCGAAAGCAUCGAAAGCAUCGUGCUGCCAGGACAAGACGAAGAUGUUCGCGUUUUGAGGAACCGUGCCGUCCUAAGGAACCGAACCACGGAUUAACCGAUCUUGGCUAAUUUCUUGUGAUUGCUCAGCAGACGAUGCUCUUUGAAAAUCCCAUGAACUUUUCUUAAACGAGCGCGUGUGACUCUCGAGCAUUCGGUGAAAUGUUUUCAUCGCCGGCGUCAGCGGUGGGCGAGCCAUCGGGCUACGAUUUUCAGAAAGAGGAGAACGCUGCCAAGUGGAAGGGAGUGUUUGUCAACUCCCUGCGCAAGGUACUAGAACAAGUACAUCCUAGUCUUGAAGCUCGACAAGAUGCCUUAGACUAUGUGGAAAGUUUAAUUUUGAGAAUGCUAGGCAUGCUUUGUGGACAUCCACCUCCUCAGACUCCUCAAGAUGUAGAGGAAAGAGUAAGACGGACGUUUCCUACACCUAUUGACAGAUGGGCUCUUCGUGAUGCGAGAGACGCUUUAGAGAAGGGAAAAAAGAAGUCGCCAUUAGUACUACCAGUUGAUAAGAUUCAUCAAUUAUUACAAAAGGAAGUAUUACAGCACAAAAUUGAUUCGCAAGUUAGCUUGUUUGUCGUGGGUGUUUUGGAAUACAUUUCUGCUGAUAUUUUGAAGCUAGCUGGAAAUUAUGUGAAGAAUAUUCGUCAUGUAGAAAUUUCAUGUGAAGACAUAAGAGUCGCGAUGUACGCAGAUAUGGUACUGAUGGACAUGUUUUAUCAAGAUGAUUGUACGGAAGGUCAGCAAAGUAGUUUGGGCACAGUUGUUUCGCAGACUUAUGAAGAGUCUGUUCGAGAUCUCAUUCAUGAUGAACGACAUUAUAUUCGUGAUUUACAUAUGAUUAUUAAGGUAUUUCGUGAAGAAAUUGCGAAAUUAUCGCAAAAUAAGAGCGAACUUGAGACGCUUUUCAGUAAUAUUACGGAUAUUUAUGAAGUUACUAUGACAUUACUCGGCAGUUUAGAAGAUAUAAUGGAAAUUACGGAAGAGAAACAAACACCUACGGUUAGUUCGUGCUUUGAAGAAUUAGCAGAGGCAGCAGAGUUUGAUGUUUAUAUAAGAUAUGCAAAAGAUAUUAAUAGUUCAGCUAGUCGGGAAGUUUUAACAAAUUUAUUGUCAAGACCGGAAGCUAGUACAGCUUUGCGAGCAGCAGGUCAUGGUUUUAAGGAGGCUGUUAAAUAUUAUCUGCCAAAACUAUUAUUGCAACCUAUAUGGCAUUGCUUCUUGUAUUUUGAUUAUAUAAAGGUUUUACACAAACGCACAUCUAAUACAGAAGAUAGCGAAACUCUGGAACAGGUGCAAGGUUUAUUGAGACCAUUACAAAUGGAAUUAAUGCAAUCUGUAGCAAGUCUUCCGAAAAAGGAUAAAGGUUUACGAAUGCAGAGCAGGGCAAGGAGACAAGCGGCACUAGAGAAAACUAGUGAAUUACAAAAGACUGUAGAUGGUUGGGAUCAGCGAGAUAUCGGGCAGUGUUGCAAUGAAUUUAUUAGAGAGGAUACAUUGAAAAAGGUGGCUAGUAAUGGACGGAGAUUAACAGAAAGAAAAGCCUUGUUAUUUGACGGUUUACUAGUAUUGUGUAAACCAACUGGUAGUAAAAGAGUCAGUGUUACUGUUGCAGCAGGUAUUGUUGCAGUCGGUGGACAUUCGACUCACCAAGGUGAACUUCGAUUGAAAGAGAGACUUUUUAUUAGAAAAGUCGAUAUUAUCGAUAGAGAAGAUACCGAAGAAUUAAAAAAUGCUUUUGAAAUUGCACCAAGGGACCAUCCUAAUGUUAUUCUUGUUGCCAAAUCUGUCGAAGAUAAGAAUAAUUGGAUGGCAGAUUUAGUGAUGUUGAAUACAAAAAGUAUGUUAGAAAGAACUUUAGAUAGUAUCCUCUUGGAUGAGGAAAGAAAGCACCCAUUGAGGCUACCUCCAUCUCAUUUGUAUAAAUUUACUGAACAAGAUAGUCCAGAAAAUAUUGUUUUGGAGGCUAGGGAAAAUGGUGGUGUUCCCUUGAUUAAAGGCGCAACUUUGAUAAAAUUAGUAGAAAGAUUAACUUAUCAUAUAUAUGCUGAUCCAGCUUUUGUAAGAACAUUCCUUACUACUUACAGGAGUUUUUGCUCCCCUCAAGAAUUAUUAGCAUUGCUAAUAGAAAGAUUCGAUAUACCAGAUCCUUCAUUAGUCUAUGGUGAAGAAGAAAAACCUUCUGUAUGUAAGACGGUCAGAGAAGAUUGGAAAAGAUAUAGGAAAGAAUUUUGUCAGCCGGUACAGUUUAGAGUUUUGAACGUUUUAAGACAUUGGGUGGACCAUCAUUUUUACGAUUUUGAACGUGAUAGAAAUCUUUUGGAAAGAUUGCAACUGUUUUUGGAUACAGUUAGUGGUAAGUCUAUGCGGAAGUGGGUUGAUUCAGUAAUAAAAAUCGUUCAAAGAAAAUGCGAACCGUCAGAACAACGACCUAUCACAUUUAGUUUUGAACGAUCUCCUCCAUCAAUUGAGUGGCAUCUUAAAGUUCCUGAGGAUGAAUAUGGAAUACUUACGUUACAUCCUAUCGAAUUAGCAAGACAGUUGACGCUAUUAGAGUUUGAGUUGUAUAAAACAGUAAAGCCUUCCGAGUUAGUUGGAUCUGUAUGGACAAAAAAGGAUAAGGAAAAGACAUCACCGAAUUUGCUAAAAAUGAUUAAGCAUACAACAAAUUUCACAAGAUGGUUAGAAAAGACAAUAGUAGAAGCUGAAAAUUUUGACGAGAGAGUAGCCAUUGUAUCACGUGCAAUCGAAAUAAUGAUGGUGCUGCAAGAUCUCAAUAAUUUUAAUGGCGUUCUGGCCAUUGUCAGUGCCAUGGGAUCGGCUUCGGUUUUUAGAUUAAAAUUUACAUUUCAACAAUUAAACGCACGAUUAGAAAAAGCGUUGGAAGAAGCACGAGAGCUUAACAAUGAUCAUUUUCGAAAAUAUCAAGAGAAACUAAGAUCUAUUAAUCCACCUUGUGUACCAUUCUUUGGAAUGUACUUGACUAAUAUUCUGCAUAUUGAAGAAGGAAAUUCAGAUUAUUUACCGGGCACGGAGCUAAUUAAUUUUAGCAAACGGAGAAAAGUAGCAGAAAUAACUGGUGAAAUACAACAGUAUCAGAAUCAACCCUAUUGUCUUUCAGUGGAGUUUAAAAUAAGACAAUUUCUUGAAAACCUGUGUCCUUUUGAUCCUAAUAUGAAAGAUGCGGAUAUAAGCAAUUAUUUGUAUAAUAAAAGUUUAGAAAUAGAACCAAGAGGAUGUAGGCAGCCUCCACGAUUCCCGCGUAAAUGGCCAGAAUUGAAUUUGAAAUCGCCAGGAAUUAAAGCUAGAACCGGAAGAUUACCAGCUCCGUUACACGUGGUAACAUCCAACAUAAGAUUACAUGAUUCUUCAGCGGACACGCUUUCCCACGAAUUACCGGAAACACCUCCGCAUGGACCACACCUUCCCACAGUUCCACAGGAUCACAGCGUUUUUGCGCCUGUUAUGUUUCCUGCUGCGCCACUUCCGGCAUCACCUAGUCCAUCUGUCAGCAUGUCGGCGCUUUCGAUUGCUUCGUCGAGUAGCCCUCAAUCGCCUGGUCCUUUCUUUACUCAUCAAAGUAAUCAUUUCAUCUUUAAUGCCAGCACUAUAAACAUGAUAAGUGCUCCAACGUGUCUACCGUUGCCAGGUGGAAGCCCCAGUGCAAUACCAACGCCAUCGUCGCCUGAUAUACCUCCUAACCAAUCUCCACCACCGCUACCACCUAGAAUACCAUCUAAACGACGAGAAAAUUCAUGUAGCGAAUCACCACAACAAGUAAAACAAGUUCCAAACAGACCAAUUCUUCCUCCGAGAGAUGAUAUCUCGCCACCGCCGUUACCACCACGACUUCCAGCAACUCUAAAUCCAAGUAGUUCGGCAUUACUGACGCGCCGAAAUUCUACGUUAGAAAAUACAGGCUGUACUGUUGUUCAUUCACGGAGACAUAUGUCUUUCAAUAACCCUAGCCCUACAAAACCUCCACCAACGCAACCUAACGGAUCAGUGACACCGAAGUUACCACCAAAACCUUUACCUGGACGUCCACCUACUACCAUGUUUAAUUUCAGCGCUCCUCCCGGACCUAGCUAAGUGUUGCCUUUCCCAGUUUUAUUUUUUUACCUUGUUGAAAGAAACAUUUUCAGUCGCAGCUUAGUCAAUUCGGUAAGUAAAACUGGAAUCUUUCUUAUUGCACAAAUUAUUAAAAGAACAAUG